AAAAAAGUGCAGGUGGGAACUUUAGCUCCAGCAAAAUUAUUAUUCGAGGUUUCCGAAGCUUCAAAAACCUUUCGACAAAUUUCCCAAUUCGCGAAAACGCGCAUCGUCAAUCAACCCCGUAGAGGCCAAUUGACCUCGCAACACACGUCACUAUGUCGAGAGGAGCGCCGCGCGGACGGGGCGGCUUCGGAGGUGGUUUCGGUGGAGGUCGCGGAGGAGGAGGUGGUCGAGGCGGCCGCGGCGGCUUCGGACAGCGAGACUUCGGCCCGCCGGACCAGAUCCUAGAGAUGGGCAGCUUCCUGCACGCGUGCGAGGGGGAAAUGGUGUGCGAGAGCAUCAACCCCAAAGUACCGCACUUCAACGCGCAGAUCUUCCUCGAGAACAAGACCGCCGUGGGAAAGGUCGACGAGGUCCUCGGCCCCAUCAACCAGGUCUACUUCACUAUCAAGCCCACCGAGGGCAUCCAGGCUACCUCCUUCAAGCCCGGCGACAAGUUCUUCAUCGGCUCAGAGAAGCUCCUCCCCCUGGAGAAGUUCCUCCCUAGGCCUAAGCCCCCGCCCGGCGCGCCUAAGGUCAAGAAACCUAGUCGCGGGGGCGGUCGUGGUGGGUUUGGUGGUGGACGUGGUGGCCCGAUAAGAGGCGGUGGACGGGGUGGAUUUGGCGGCGGGAGAGGGGGCCCGUCGAGAGGUGGUCGCGGCGGCUUUGGCGGCAGUGGCUUCGGCGGCGGCCGGGGAGGUGGUGGUGGUCGCGGGGGUAGCGGUGGAUUUAGCCGCGGCGGCAGCGGUGGUGGCUUCGGCGGUAGUGGUGGUGGUGGUGGUAGGGGACGGGGCGGUUUCAGCCGAGGAGGUCGAUUCUAAAAGCUGAGAGCGAGAUAGAUAUACCCCCCGCCCCCCGCCUCCCGAUUUUGUUCUCCUGGCGGACACGACACGAAAUGCACCACGGACCCGUCGUCGUAGUAGUAGUAAUGGGCC